GAAAUGAGUUACGCUCGUUGAAUCGGAAGGGAAUAUGCAGCCGGCCUCGCACUUCUGCGUGGAGAAUUGACGGCAUGCUGUGGGAAGCAUGGUGGGUGAGAACGUGGCAGCACGAAACAAAUUAAUUUAUGAAUGAAAGUAAGAAUUGAUAGAACUUGCUUAGUAAUAUCCUCAAAGAUUAUACUUUGACAAGGACAAACUGCAGUCAGAGCGGUCGGAAAUGUCGUCAGAGAUCUCUACAACGAGAAGUUUGAGGAGUACACGUAGCAACAGAAGCAGUUCUUCUGCCAGUGGCAGGCUGCAGUCGCUGCUGCCAGGGAGCCAGCACUGCCCAGUGCAGCUGUCCGUCAGGUACUCUUCCAGCCUGGAGCACGCUCCUCACCAGAAAGACAAGGGCGUCAGGAGAUCAGCAACUUCGUCCUCAUUGGAGAGACUGACGCCUCGGCAGUUCCUGGACAAGUACUCGCUGCCGAGGGUCGUCAGGGUGGUGACUCCCAGUGGUGACAACGGGAACAGUGACGGAGACCUGGAGCAGAGGAGACUGCUGCUGGGGCCGCUGGCGGAACCGCUGCUGUUGUACCGCCAGUACAAGAGCACCAAGGUUCAGGCCAGAAGCGUGCAGACUGCCAAACUGUGGAAAACUGUUGGCCCCUCUUUAGUCAUACCAGACUCCUAUCAGGGUUGGUUCUCCCUCGUGACACCAAAAGGACAGCUGAUGGCUCCGUGUUACUCCGAUAUUCAGCAGCUCAUAACAGCGCAAGUCACGCGGUUUCUAACCAAGACACAACUCACAGCCUACAAACUGAACGACAGCAAAGACGCAAUCCAUGACUCUGUUAGGAAGCGGGCGCAGUACACCAAGACCAUCGUACCAGCAGGCAACAUCCUGAAACUGCUGGCAGUGUUCGAGGAUGUCACUGGCUCCCGGAACAGCGCCCUGAGUAACAAGAGACUGUCACUUCCUCUGAUUGGACGGAGUCAUAACAACACGAGAUAUGCACAGUGUCUCAACAACAAGAAUCAGAUGGUGUUCGUGCCGCUGAGCACCACGGGGCAGUUUUUCGCGGUGUCGCUAGGUGGUGCUGGUGUGGAGGCGCGCCAUGGACCGCUGUACCUGCUGCCACAACUCUUGCGGGAGCACAGGCUGCCCGUGAGAGUCCACCUCAUGGCGGGGCCCCUACCCACGCCCCUUCCGGUCGGCUUCACAGGCACGUUAUUGCUGGAAGGCUAUCAAGAGGAAGACGUGAUCUUAGCGUGUACGUUGCCUCACGACGUCAUCAUUCAUUCUAACAGCAGGACCGGAAGUAAUCAUCUCACUAAUGCAAGCCCAGUGACGUCAGCUGUGCCCAAACUGCUCGAGAUGGACGCCGACUCCCGUUUCUUCCUCACAAGACCGUUAUUCCAUCACGAGUUCGAGUCCAGGCUGUUCAAGUCUCCCCUUCUGCAGACAGCGCUAGCUUUUUGUCGCGAUAGAGGAGACUUCUGGCGGCGCCAGAUAAAAGUCACCCAUCACAUCUUCCCAUCGCAACGAGAAGUGGCAUCAGAAGCAGAGGGGAAGAAGUCAACGACCCAACGACAGCCAGCUCAAGAAGGCCAAGAAAAAGUGAGCAAAACUAAGAACAAGUCACGACGAACAACAAAAAAAUCCUCCUCCUUUACUUACACGCCAUCUUCGUCUCGAGCAACAAAUUUUGCACACGACCUUUCUGCAGUGCCACACUGCAAUUACAAGAAUGCCAUCUCUCAGCAACGAGGAGAACUACGUACGCAAGACGCUAGUGAUGCCGAAAGGCUUGUGGAUAAUUUUACUCCUUCCGCCAUCUGUCAUCACAAAAAUGAAUCACGGCCCCAUCAACGACCGUACAUUGACCUUUGCAAGCACGAUGCUAAAUCCCAGCUAUACUCCUGCAUCCAGAAUCGAGAUCUGCCAUCGAUAGUGACGCCUGCUGCGGAUGACCUGCCCUACAGUGACGUUGCUGAUGCGAUAGGUGACAUUGACAAGUGCGAGGAGGAGAAUAUCUAUGCUGAGAUUUGUGAAUGUGAUACCAAGGAAAACGACAGGAGAAAGUUGAACUAUUAUUAUUUGAAGACAAACUCUGAGAAUGUAAGGGAGGACUAUUAUUACGUUGAGCUAGAAGGUGGAAGUGAUGGAACGUUCUCAGGAACAUUGUCCUCCUCAGAUCCGUCAAGUCGUGAUGAUGACACCAACUAUGAUACAGUUUGCUGACCUCUAUUGCUGGGGUCACAGAACGUUAACAGUGUUCAUCGCAAUGAGCUGGCUCACAGAUGGCGGCGACGCUAUCAGCCUUACGCGCCUGCCACCCCCAGGAAUAUUUCUGUUAGAGGCAGG